CCCAAGACAGAGUUGACACUUCCACCUCCGGUGCAGAUCAGUGCGUGCUGGAAAAAAGGGGAGGGAUUUAAUUGAAAACGAAACUGUUAGAAUGGCGCAGAAAGCAAAUCGGCUCGACGGGCAAAAAUUCUGCUGUUCAAUCUGUCUGGAUCUCCUGAAGGAUCCGGUGACUCUUCCCUGUGGGCACAAUUACUGCAUGAGCUGCAUUAGAAGCUUCUGGGGGGACGCGAAUGAGGGCGGGGGCCACAGCUGCCCUCAGUGCAGAGUGACGUUCACGCCCAGGCUGGAGCUGGUGAGAAACGCCAUGUUGGCAGAGCUGGUGGAGGAACUGAAGAGGACGGGCUCGUCCGCUGAGGCUGGAGCCGUGGCCUGCGAUGUCUGCACUGAGACGAAGAGCAAAGCCCUCAAGUCGUGCCUGCAGUGUCUGGUCUCGUUCUGUGAACAGCACCUUCAGCCCCAUUACAAAUCUCCGGCCUUUCAGAGCCACAAACUGGUCGACCCUUCCGCCAAGCUGCAGGACAACGUGUGCUCUCGUCAUGGCGAGGCCAUGAAGAUCUUCUGCCGCACCGAUCAGAGGUGCAUCUGCUACCUGUGCUCUAUGGAUGAACACAACGGCCACACCAUGGUUUCAGCCGAAGCAGAACGGUCCGAGAGGCAAAAAGAGCUCGGCGCGAGUCGGCAGAAAAUCCAGCGAAGAAUCAGCGCGAGGGAGGAAGACGUGAAGGCGCUUCAGCUGGAGGUGGAGUCCAUCGAGGCCUGCGCUGACGAUGCAGUGAGAGAGAGCGAGGCGGCGGUGGCUCAGGCGAAGCAGCAGAUCAGAGCUCGUCAGUCCACCCUAACGAGCGGGCUCAGAGAGCUCCAGCAGGAGCUGGAGCGGGAGAUCGCUGAGCUGGGCCGCAGAGAGGCCGAGCUGCAGCAGCUCUCGCUCGCAGAGGACUGCGUCAGGUUUCUCCGCAUGUACCCGUCGCUGACUGAGGUCGGCGAAGCAGCCAGCCCGUCCUGCAUCGGCGUCCAACCACUGCAGGCCAUGAGAGAUGCGACGGCGGCUGCAGCGUCCGAGGCCAGAGCUAAACUACAGGACAUCAUUAGUGAAGACUGGUGUAAAGUGCCGCUCACAGAGACCAGUGUAGAUGUUUUAUCACCACAACAAGAGCCUAAAACCAGAAAGGACUUCUUAAAAUAUACAAAACAGAUCACGCUGGAUUCCAACACAGCAGAUGGUUGUUUCCUGGUUCAUAUUAAUAAAGCAGAACAAAUUUAUUGUGAAGGCACUAAGCGUCACCCAGACGCAUUCACCAGCUGGCCUCAGGUUUUGUGCAGUGAGACUCUGACUGGUCGGUGCUACUGGGAGGUGCAGUGGACAGGGGAUGCCUUCAUAGCGGUGGCCUACACAAACAUAAGCAGAACGGGAACUAAUAGUGCAUUUGGAAGCAACGGCCAGUCGUGGGCAUUGCACUGCUCCCAAAACCGUUUAAAUAAAUAUGUAUUCAGACACAAUAACAUCAGGACUCAGGUCCCAGGUCCAGAAUCAAACAAAAUCGGCGUGUACCUGGACCACAGCGCUGGGGUUUUGUCUUUCUACAGCAUCUCUGCGUCUGACGCCAUGACUCUGCUCCACAGAGUCCACACCACGUUCACCCAGCCGCUCUGUCCAGGCUUUGCCUGCUUUGACGGCUGCUCUAGAGUGCUCAUUACCACAACAGAGCUGGAAGGUGAAAAAGAUACACAAGAAGCAACAACACGGAAGUAGUGCAACACCAGCAGUGUUUGAACGUCCCACGUUUAUGACACAGCAAAAACUGGGUCUGAGGUCUCAUUAUGUUUAGAAUACACACAAAAAGCAAAUGUUACAGAUAGGUCUCGAAUGAAAAGUACAUUCAUUCAGCCAAAUAUAAUGAAGUGUGUCUUCUGGGGUCAUAACAUAUUUUAAAAUGUUGUUCAUUAAAAAUUCUGAAAUGAA